GUCCCCCUGCCGAAUCGCAAGCUAACGAAGGAAGACAAGGAGAAGGGCAACGGAGGAAAAGGAGCCAAGCUCCGUCGAGACCGCAAGGAUCGCAACAAACACCUCGGCAGCCUCCGAGAAGCAGGAUUCAAUCGCAAGCAAGAAGCCACCCUGUCCGUCUUGAUCAAACAAGCUCUGGUGUGCAGCCAAGCCGUCAGGGAUCUGUGGGCGGUCGGGGUAGACGCGUUCUUCGUGGAGGCCAAGUCUCCCGAGGUCGAGGAGGCGCUCGAGUCAGGCCGCCAGUGCUCAGCCGCAGUCAAGGAGCAGGGUCGCGGCCACCAGCAGGGCCCUCCUCACCUGCAUAUCUUCAAUGGGUUCGUGAACGCAAUAUUGAAGCGUGGGGGCGCGCUGGGGCAACUCACCUUCGAGGAACUCAAGAAGUGGUACGAGGAGUUUCUAGCCAAAGCGGGGCUGGGGGACCUGUGGACUCAGGUUCGCCUCUUCCGCCUCACCAAGUGCUGCGACCAGAACAAGAAGAAGUUGCACAUUGCGAUCGCCAACGUGGACCUGAGCACGAUGAUGCAACAAG